AUGGAACUCCUCGACUGUCCACUCUGCGACUUCACUGUGCUGCCGACCGAUGACUAUGUUCUUCAGUUACACUUCGAGCAGGUGCAUACGGAGGGCAGUCCCUUCAUAAUAAAUGAUGAAACAGAGCCACUACCUCCUUCGGUUGGAUCCUCCUCCAAAAGCAAGCACGUGCAAGCCACGACUUCCUCAGAUGAAGAGGAAACCACAGUCGCGUGUCCUGAGCCUGACUGCGGCGAGCUGGUCUUGCUCGACGACUUCAACGAUCACCUGGAUCUUCACGCGGCAGAAACAUUAUCAUUCGACGAGACCACCGGAAAGUAUCACUCUUAUCAUUCAGUCAACGACAUGCAUAAACCACCCGCUACACAACUUUCUCAUAGGCGCUCGUCAAAAGCCGCCGCAUCGGACUACCUAUACGACACCGAGUCCUUAGACGGCUCAAGAAAAAGCGAUAACCAUGGCAAGAUCAGGAAGAAGCAUCGCGACAGGAGGAACACAGACAGCAGCGAGAAGAGCACGUUAGCCAGGAGUAUCAUAAGCUUCAAUCCAUUUACAAAGUCGGAAAAGCCAGCGAAACCACCGAAUAAGAGUGCACGUCUUGGUAAAUCAGAACUUGGGCCCCACGCCUGGGAGGACCGAAUGCCUAAGUGGCUUCAUGAACAACUUGCCGCUGGCCCAAAGAUCACUGUCGUCAACCGUAUCGGUCGGGACGGUCGUCUCAUCAAGCAGGAGCGAGUGCAGAAUGAAACUCCUGGCGUGAUUACCAUCCUGGCGCAACUGUCGGCCUUGGAUCGCACCGUCAAACAAGCAUACUACUGUCAUCCGUCCACAGUACACGUUGGCAAGACGCCAAAAGAGGGUAGCUUCUGCGGUUACAGGAAUAUUCAAAUGCUCAUCUCUUACAUUCAGGGCACCAAAGCUCAGGGACACGAAGAGUUCCCCGGUCGCCUGCCUGGGAUCCUUAAGUUACAGGAAUUGAUCGAGAGAGCGUGGGACAUGGACAUCAAUCCCAUCGGCAGAAUUCAAACAGGUGGUAUACAGGAUACCAGGAAAUACAUCGGUACCCCAGAAGCACAAGCCCUGUUCCUCAGCACCGAGAUCAACUGUGCCGUUGAGAUGUUCAGCGAUCAAGAUACGCCACACGGCAAGGUACAAGCCCACGAUUCACUCCUUCUCGCAGUCGAACGCUACUUUACCCAGGCCGCCGUCAGCGAUGGUUCCAAUGUUCACAAGACUCUCCUGCCUCCUAUCUAUCUUCAGCGGCCCGGCCACUCGCUUACUAUUGUCGGGUUUGAACGUCGCAGUGAGAGCUAUUGCAACCUCGUGGUUCUCGAUCCCGUUUAUGCUACUAGCCCAGCCAUGCAUAAGUUGAUUGGCCGGAAGAACAUCAAGAGCUCGAGACCGGAAGUCAUGCACGCGUAUCGAAGAGGCCCUGCGCAUCUUAAGAAAUUUGCCGCCUUCGAGAUUCUGAGACUCACUGCAACACCGCCUCUAUUCCCCGCUUGGGAUGUAUGA